AUGAGCAAGGCUGAAAGCAAAUCUAAAUUUUUGGCUGUUUUCCCCAAAAUUGUCAAUGAGCUACAAUCCAUUUUGAAAUCCUACAACAUGUCUCAAGAGGCAAUCGAUUGGUUUACAAAUAAUCUUAAUUACAACACCCCUGGCGGUAAACUAAACCGUGGUUUAUCUGUUGUCGACACCUACGUUAUAUUGAAAAACUACACCUCAAUUAACGAUUUGUCCACUGAAGAGUAUGAAAAAGUCGCUAUAUUAGGUUGGUGUAUUGAACUACUUCAAGCUUAUUUCUUAGUCGCCGACGACAUGAUGGAUAGCUCAAUCACAAGAAGAGGUCAACCUUGCUGGUAUAGAGUUGAAAAUGUCAAUCAAAUUGCUAUCAAUGACUCAUUUAUGUUAGAGGCUUCAAUCUAUGUUCUUUUGAAAAAUCAUUUUAGAAAUGAUCCCUAUUAUGUCGAUUUAAUUGAACUAUUUCAUGAUAUCACCUUUAAAACUGAAUUGGGUCAAUUGUUGGAUCUCAUCACUGCUCCCGAAGAUAACGUUAACUUAUCAAACUUUUCUUUGGACAAACAUUCUUUCAUCGUCAUCUAUAAAACCGCUUAUUACUCGUUUUAUUUACCCGUCGCAUUAGCAAUGUACAUGGCAAAUGUUUCCAAUGAAAUUGACUUGAAACAAGCUCAUGAUAUCUUAAUUCCCUUGGGUGAAUACUUUCAAAUUCAAGAUGAUUUCUUAGAUUGCUUUGGCAAACCCGAGGACAUAGGCAAAAUUGGUACAGAUAUUCAAGAUAAUAAAUGUUCUUGGAUUAUCAAUACUGCUUUGACUUUAGCCGAUAAAGAGCAAAAACAAUUAUUAGAUAACAAUUAUGGUCAAAAGGAUGCAGCCAAAGAAAAAAUUUGUAAAGAUAUUUUCCAAAACUUGAAAAUUGAUCAAAUUUAUCAUGAUUAUGAAGAAAAAAUUGUUAAUGAAUUAAAACAAAAGAUUUCAAAAGUUGAUCAAUCAAGAGGCUUUAAAUCAGAAGUUUUAUCUGUUUUCUUAAAUAAAAUUUAUAAACGUAAGAAAUAA